UGCACAUUGCUUUGUUUAGAGUCUAACUCCAAGUAUCAAUUAUUGACAAAGAAGAAUAGUUUUGAAGACUUGUUGAAGAGCAGCAUUGGUUCCAAUGGUACAUAUGAAGACAAUUUGAGCAUAAUAUUUUGAAACAUGGAUAUUACGGAAAGACCCACUCUCUCUCUUGGCAAACAUCUUUGUAAUCCUUCCAUGUUAGAGUGAUCUGCUGCUGUCUGCAUUCCAUAAGGAAAUGUGGGGCAUUUGGAGAGCUGCCUGAAUCUUCAAUUCAAAUCCGGCUGCAGGGAGAUUUCUUGGAUGUGGUUCUGGGAGAUGUGGGGAGAGAGGAGCUUUCUGAGGUACAGAGGGGAAUCUCACCCUGUGCCCCGAGCCCUUUGUGCCCUGGGUCUUUCUUCGCUUACUGAGCAGCAUGGACGGUUCUUCCCCUGUCACAGAGAGCAGGAUACUGAUGAUGGCUUUGAUGAGUGGGUGUAUGCUCCUCUUCACCGCAGAGCUGUGUCCAGUCUAGAUGAGGAGAGUAAGUGGUCGGUGCACUACACAGCCCACUGGCACCAACAGGAGAAUGUCUUCCUGCCAGAAACCAGACCAGCCUGCGUGGAGGACCUUCAUCGACAGGCCAAAGUCAACCUGAAAACAGUCCUCAGAGAGUGCGACAAGCUCAGGAAAGAUGGCUUCCGCAGUUCCCAGUACUACUCCCAAAGCCCUGCCUUCUCUUCAACCAGCCUUUGUGAAAGUGUUCAUCUGGAUGAGGAGAAAACAGAGAAGAAAAAGAAGGAUUCAGAGUUGGCUACUGAAGAGGAGAAGCUUGUAUACUCAAUGCCGCCUCAGACACCUCUCCUGGAACAUGCCUCUGACAUGAACAUCCAGAGCAGCUGGACCGACUGUGUACCCUUGCCCACUCCUGAAGAGAAGAUGAGACUACAGGCUCAGUCAGUGGCUACUGCUAUCAUACCCAUCAACAUUACAGGUGAGAACUUCGACCGCCAGGCUAGCUUCCGCCGCUCCGCGGGAAACACUGACACCAUCAUACGAAGACCCAAGAGGGUGCAAAGAAGAAAGACAAUAACAGGAGUUCCUGACAACAUUCAGACAGAACUAGCAAAUAAAGGACAAGCGGACUCCAGAAUUCACUCCAUGUGUGUGGCAGAUCAGUAUUCUACCCUCAGUCGAGUGGGAAGUGUAAACUCCACCCUUAGAUGCUCAGACACCCGUGACUCCAGUUGCCAAACAGAGGAGGUAAAGAUUGUUCCUCCCUCAGUUCGCAGGAUCAGAGCACAGAGAGGCCAUGGAAUUGCUGCCCAAAUGGCUAAUAUAUCCCUCUCCUCCACCAGCAGCAUUUCCACCAUGAGUGACUGUAAUGGUAUCAGCUACACUCAACUUGAUAUUAGUGAUCAGAGAUUUCACAGUUUGCCACAACAAUGUUCUCACAUCUCACAUCAAAACUGUGAACUGAAGUACAGCAGCUCCCCCUACAGGAUAAAUUCCGGCUCUACAAGCUCCUUACCCUACCAGCUUGACACGCAUCAUGGCUCCUCAGCAUCACUCCAUAUGCUGUCUGAUAAAAGGAACAAUGCAUUAAACAGCAACACAACUGGAGACUUCAGGUCUUUCCAAAAUGAGCAGCUUGUUAAAAAUCCAAAUUGCCAAGGUUCCAAUCAAAACAGCCCAGCCUUAUUCAUUCUCAGUGGUGCUCUACAGAACUCUGCUGAAUUUAAUUCCAUUCUUUCCGAACACAACAGGAUAGAGGACAACCACAUGCAAUUGCCUCCUUCCUCAGCCCAGUUGUUUAGUUCUGCUGAUGCCUUGUCUGCUGUCUCCUCUUGUUACGAAUCCACAGCCUCCCUCUGCUCAGGGAUCCGUACCGAGACUGAUUCACAAUGCAGCACGCUUGAUGGCAGAAACUGCAGCAGUCCUAAUUCUCUUCGCAGGGAUUCUAACUUCUCAGAGAGCAGUACUAAAAGCUGCAGCACACUAACCACUGACCAGUGGACAUAUGAAGCAUCUCCAAAGGGUGGUCCUAUAAGCAACUCAAGUUGCUCCUCACUUGACAGCCAUAUAUACAACAGUCAUGACCAUUCUCCCAGCAAGACAGAUGCAAGCUCAUUGUGCUCAGUUGACAAUGAAGGGUACUACACCUCCAUGCGCAUGGACUCUGGUUUGAAGUCGUACAGUCAUGGCUGCAUCAAUAAAGCAGGAAAUGUAAGGCACAGUUUGUACGAGUGCAAAGGCCAUCACAGCCAUAGUAAUCAUGAAAGUCUGCAUAGCAACUGCUCUUUGACUCGCAGCAUUUCCCUACGGAAAGCCAAGAAGCCCCCACUCCCUCCCGCGAGGACUGACUCCUUAAGACGCAAACCACAGAGGAAGCCUCAUCACAGUGGGAAAGUCCUUAGUGAGCAGCUGAUCUCCAGUCUCCAGCAGUCCUUAGAGCUCAACCUGAAAACUCAUAGUGCAUCCUUCUCUGGACAGGCACCCUGCAAUGGGUUCGAAGACCCUUGGGUGCUCCGACCCAGAAGCCAGAGCACUGUAAGUGCAGCAAGCAGUGGAAUGUCAGCACCAGCUGCUGUGUGUCCUGUCACACCCACACACAGUGACAGCAGCAGUCAGUGCUCAGACUAUGCUAAGUCAUGGGACUUUUACAUGGAUUACUCAGGCACAUGGUCGGAACAGGGUCUCUCCUCUCAAAACACAAGAUCUGGAAGUGCUGAUGAAAAUCCAGGAGUCAUGAACAACGGAUCCUACAACAAUAGAUUUCCAUUGGCCUACUGCAAUGGGAGUGGGAUUAAGUCAAAUCUGGUGUCAUCACCUGACAAGGUUCAUCACCUGACUUCACCUUCUAGUGGUUAUAACACCCCUGCAGGCACCCCAGUUACUUCUCUGAUAAGAGCAAAGUCUCCUGCAGGGAGGCCUAAACCAAAAGUGCCAGAAAGAAAGUCCUCUCUGCGGUCUUCUGUGUCUUCUUCCUCUACCUCCCUAUCCUCCAACACCUCUGAUUCCAUUAAGAACAUUCCACCUCCACCUCUACCUGACAUAACCACUUCUCAGUGUGUGACACCCAGCUUUCCUUCCAGUUCUCUAACAGCAGCCAUCAUAGACCCAACCCCACCUCUCUAUCCUCUCCCUGAGGUGUCCUCUGCCUCUGAAGAAAGACAGAAUUCACAUUCACACGAAGAGUGUGAAACCCUCCUCAGUGACUCUCUUGAUUUCCCCCCUCCCCCAUCAAAGGUUUAUAAAUCUCUGUCUCUUCUUCAUCCCAAACCUUCAUCAUGCAUUCUACUUCCUCUUCCUCCUCCUCCUCCACCAUUACCUGAGAUGAGUCUACAAACAACAGCCAUUUUGAAAACGGAGAGUUCCUCUAAACCUACAGAGGCUGAGGAGAUUGAAAAGGGACUAAACCUCAAUCGAACUGGAGAGUCAGAGCCCAAGCUUCAGAGACCCAAAAUCACUGCCCAAGCUCUUCAGAUGGUGCAGCUACGACCUGUCAAGCUCAAGCAAAUAGAAAAUAUUUUUACAACAGUUAGUGUUCAGCAUUUUGAGGACCAAGCACAAAAUGGGUCUCAAACAUGCUCAAGGAAAUCCAGAGAAAAUGAGACUACAGAGCAAACAGUCACUGCCAAUUGUGUUAGUCAACCAGAAAAUGGAGUGAAUACAUCUAAAUCUUCAGUACAAAAUCUCCCUCAAGCAUCAUCUUGUUAUUUACCCCCUGGACAAGAUGAAUGUAUUAAUGACACUGAAACUGAGCAGAAUGUUCCAGUGCUUGUGCACCUUUCUGACAGUGUUAGCACACAUCCUGUUUUAACUUUUCAGGAGAUUCCACAGUGCACAGACUCCUCAUCUGCAUCUCAAGGUACUCACCUGAAACAGAAGCCUCCAAUAUCACAUAAGAAGCCCUAUCUUUCCCUAAUUAUACCACCCAUUAUGCAUCUACCUGUCUCUAAUAGACUCAAGCUUCAACAGAGUAAUGAAACAGCAGUGACCCCAGAGCCAAGGCCUGUGAAUGGUUCAUCCUUGACAGAAACUGUUAAUUUCCAGGAGAUUCCAUUAGGCCUUGAGGUAGAGGAAGAGAGUGACUCCGAUACAUCUACUGUGAUUAAAAGCAGAAUGUCCAUCAGCAGUGAGUUGUCAUCAAGCAGUCUGCAAGACUUGCAACUCUCUGAUCUCGUUCUUCAUGAGAAUGACCUUGGGCUGAGUGAUAAAGACUUUGGGCUCAGUGAUGAUAAAAGCCCAUCAGAUGAUGGUUUAAGCAGCAGCACAGGAUCCAUUAGCUUUAAAGAGGAAGAAAAUGAGGAAAAUGUGGCCGAGUUCGACUCGAGCACAGAAAGAUCAUCUGGCAUUGACACUAAUGGAGAGGCUGUUGAGGAGAUGGUGACGCCUGUUCGUCCUCGUACUACAGGGGACCUCUUUGCUGCCAUUCAUAGGUCAAAGAGGAAGGUCCUGGGCCGUGGCGACUCUGAUGAACACUGCCGUAGCCUCCUCCCUUCCCCACCAGUCACCCCAACUGGCUCCUGCCCUAGCCUACCCUCCUUGCCUCGCCAGGCUGGCUCUAUUCAGCGCAACCUGCGGCGGUCAUCCACCAGCAAUGAUAGCUUCAAAGCUCUGCUCCUCAAGAAGGGCAGCCGCUCAGAAUCCAGCUUCCGCAUGUCAGCUGCUGAGAUUCUCAAAUGCACUGACCCCCGUUUCCAGAGGGCUAACUCAGAACCUGCGCAUCCUGAUGGACUGUGCACCUCUCCUCGUAGCAGGAGAGCACAUGAAGAAUGGGCACGUAUUGAGGGUGCCUUGCCUCGUCUCUCCACUGGACUAACAAGCUUAAAAUAUGGCCGUUCACGCACACCACCCUCCGCAGCCAGCAGCCGCUACAACAGCCGCAGCCGCAUUCCCAGUGGGCCGAUGACUGCCAUCUGUGAGAGAGAGGGAGAGAUGGCAGAGUCUACAGACUGCUGCAUCAAUGUUGAGAGUCCUUUCACUCUGUCCACAUCAUCAAGCGGCAUAGUCUGUGCUCAAGGCAGCACUUAAGGCUCCUGCCUCAUUCACAACCUGAGGAUUUUAUACUCACUAAUGACUUGUAAGAAAUAGUCAUCUAUUCAAUACAAAGACCUUAGAGGUCUAAACCCUGGCUGGAAUGCCAUGCUUGUGCUGGCCCAUAGUGACCCCUGAGGAUUUUAUAUGGGCAGAGAACAAAUUGUGGACAUUUCUGUAAUUCUGUAACUUUUAGUUUGGCUCUUUUCAUGAGUGGGAGUUUUAUAUUUCAAAUAAGACAUUAGCACUCUCAAAAAAUGUGAUACUAACAGAAUAUUUUUGGUUUUGUUUCAUGUAAUGUUCAUAGCUCUCUGUCUGCAGGUUGGGGGCAAAGGAAAUGUACACCUUUGUUGGUAAAUUGAGGAAGUUAUGAAUGGAACCAGAAUGUCAUUGAGGGAUUUUGUGAUGAAUGAUCCAUGGUGAUGUGUCUCUGCCAUUGUGGCAAUGGAAAGUACCCAACCAAAGUGAGCACUGAACCUGUGAAUGCACAGAACCCACAUCCAGAUCACAGUCUUGGAAGGGUUGGUGGUGUCAAUGAAGUAUUGGCAUUGUCGGUUACAGUGAGGUCGCUGAAAAUGAGUGUGGAAAGGUUAAAUGGAAAAUGUAUAUUUUUAAAAGUGUUUAGAGAGACAGGUAUAUCUAUAUGCACCUUUAUAUUCUACAUUGCUGUUAAAUUGUGAACAAUCUUCAGGUAGAGCUAUGGAUGUCACACUCGUGACCAAGAUUAUUCAGCUAAUGUAAGCCAACAUUUUUCCAUUACCUAAACAUAAUUUUUGUGUUUAUGUUUAGACAAAAAUAAUAGUUCUCCUUAUUCUGCCAGUGGAAAUAAUCCAACCUUUACAAAAGCCAAGUCAAAAAGCCAGAGCUACCAACCAUUCUGUUUCAUUUAUAGAAAUGUAAAUCUUCUGAUUCCUUGCAUUUGUCUGACACACAUUUGCCCAAUAUGAGAAUUUGUAAAUUUUUGUGUUCAUUAUUUCCAAGAGGAGGAAAUGUUUAGUCUAUUUACUAUAACUAGGUGCACCUGGAUGGUCUUCUUCCCAUGUUACUGAAAACCAGCUGAAUGGUGGUAGAAAAAUGGUGAAGCUCCUGGGUUAAGGCCAUGUGAGACACAAGGGUUUCUGUUAAAGAAAUAAAACAUGGCAUUAAUCACAAA